GCGGCUCGUAAAUAAUAGCUGGUGAAAACACAAAAACCCACAUUCGCAAUCAGUCAGUCAGACACCGGAGACAUGAACUCGCUGGCUACAAUAAUAAUUUCACUUAUCCUUCUGGUUCCGUCCAUACCGCAAAGCUAUGGCGACGACCAAGUCAAAGUCCUGUCCUAUAAUCCCACCUAUGAGAUUUGGUUUUUCCUGCCAGACGGCAGACCGAAGUGGGUUUCGCCGAAUGUAGAGAAAGCAUAUUUUGAGGCAAGAGGAAAUGGAGGAGUUUGCUAUAAAGAUGAUUGGUAUUACUGCAAAACUGGAGAAAAAAUAAAAGAGUAAAUGGUUGUAUACAAAAUUAAAGAGAAAACUUCAGGUGACCUUACGAAUUUAACACACUUAUGGUGUCAUAAAAAAAAAUACACAAAACUAAAAAAUGUUCGAAUUAUUUUAUGGUGAAUUUUAUAGCUAAUAAGGUUAAUUACAAGAGUUAUAACAAAUAAAUUGAUGUAUUUUAAGUUUUGAAUUGCAGUCCUAUAA